UUCUACCUUCUUUUCUUAUAGUUUGAAGUACACAAUUCUGCCUUCUAGGAGACUACCAAGCCCAUAGGAGGCACUCAGUAAAAAUUUCCUAAAUGCUGCUGAUGAAGUUUCGGCUGAAGUCAGCAGAAACGCUCAUCGAAGAAAUAAUGGUAUUUGUUGGACACGGUAGGGCUUGGUUAAAUACUUACUUUGUGUACGACAGAGAUGACCUUGUACUCAUAAAUUACUUUCCGCUUAUUUCUUAAAACAAAACAAAAAAAGAGAUCCUUCGUAAAAUAAAUCUCAGAACAAACCAGACGCUUAAGUCGAUUUGGAGCCUGUGCGGAGGCUAAUUAUGACAACCGUUGGGUUCUACCAACAAUGAUUCCAGUGCGUUCCACCUGAACAAACGGAUCACCAUACAAACCAAAUUGAUGCAGCAGCUCUCUCUCUGGGGGGAAAUGAAGAAAGGUGCUGGAAAUGGGAAGUGCAGCACACAAGUCCUAGCCACGCUAACUCCACCCAAGGCACGCUCCCCCCACAGCAAUUCGUGAGGAAGCCAAGGAUCGCGGCCGCUCCACUGCGCAGGCGCCAAUCCUCCGCCCGCACGUUCAAUCGGAAGAAAUCGCCUUUGCACACGCCCCGCGCGGGAGAGCCUCCAGGGUCUCUUUCCACCUUCUCAGUCUUGGCAGGACUUUACCGGAAUAUCGUCUGGCGAAAGUGUCAUGGAUGUUUUACGUCCACAGCUUAUAACAAUCGAUGGACGGAAUUAUAGAAAGAAUCCUAUCCAGGAAAAAAGUUACCGACAUGAAGAAGAUGAGGGUUUCUAUCAAGACUCUAUGGAAUACUCUGAUGAGCCCUGCGAUGCCUAUGAGGUGGAGCAGACCCCUCAAGGAUUCCGGUCUACUGUCAUUGCCCCUAGCCUGCUCUACAAGCACAUAGUUGGAAAGAGAGGGGAUACCAAGAAGAAAAUAGAGGUGGAGACUAAAACAUCUAUUAGCAUUCCUAAACCUGGACAAGAAGGAGAGAUUGUAAUCACUGGCCAGCAUCGAAAUGGUGUGGUUUCAGCCCGAACUCGGAUUGAUGUCCUUCUGCACACGUUCAGGAGGAGGCAGCCCUUCACUCACUUCCUUUCCUUUUUCCUCAAUGAAGUAGAAGUUCAGGAAAGAUUUCUGAAGUUCCAGGAGGAAGUGCUGGAGACGUGUUCCAAGGAUCGUGGAGUCGACAGCUCCAUUUUUCAGAAUCCCAAAAAGCUUCACUUAACUAUUGGAAUGUUGGUGCUUUUAAGUGAACAAGAGAUCCAGCAGACAUGUGAGAUCCUGCAGCACUGUAAAGAGGAAUUCAUUAAUGACAUUUCUGGAGGCAAACCCCUGGAAGUAGAGAUGGCAGGGAUUGAGUACAUGAACGAUGAUCCUGGGAUGGUGGAUGUUCUUUAUGCCAAAGUCCACAUGAAAGAUGGCUCCAACAAGCUGCAGGAACUGGCUGACCGAGUACUUGAGCGCUUCCAGGCAUUGGGGCUGAUAGUGAAGGAGUGGAGCAGUGUGAAGCUGCAUGCCACUGUCAUGAACACACUCCUCCGAAAAGACCCCAACGCUGAAGGCAGGUACAAUCUCUACACAGCAGAUGGCAAAUAUAUCUUCAAGGAAAGAGAAUCAUUUGAUGGCCGAAACAUAUUAAAGAAGUUUGAGAACUUUUACUUUGGUUCCCUGAAGCUCAAUUCCAUUCACAUCUCCCAGAGGUUCUCAGUGGACAGCUUUGGAAACUAUGCCUCCUGCGGACAAGUUGACUUCUCCUGAAAUGGGUAUUGAAUGUAAUAGAAAUGGAAUGCCUUCCUAAGGUGGAGAGCAGCAGAGAACCGUGACUGUGGGCAUCAUGAGUCUGGAAGUGUGGCAGCAGCAAGCACUCCGGCCUCCAGCUGACUGGCAGAGAAGGGAGCUCCAUACCAUGCUCCUCUCUUCUGGUUCUCACUCCUCCUCAUCCCUGUCUUUCUUGUUCCUCAUUCCUUAUCCUCCAUGGCUCCUUUCUGUGACAUCUGCUCCUGAGCUCUGUGUUGAGAUCUGUGCUGCAGAGCUUUACUUCUCCAUGAAGUGGCACAGACCAUUUGCAAAUAAAUGAGUUUUCCAGGUUA